UUUUUUUUUUUUUUUUACUCUUCUUCUUCUUCAUCUUGGUCUUUUUUUUUUUUUGUUAUAAAAUGUCAUACACCUUCAGUAGAGAUCGUACAGCAGAACUUCGAGAUUCUUUCGAAGGUACACAAAGAUCAAAUGAUGAUUUUGGACCAGCAAGAACGCCUACAGGUUAUAAUAAUAAUACAAAUCCUUUCCCUCAAGAUCAUACCAACAAUAAUCGAUAUAAUAAUACAGCUAAAGUAGAUGCUUAUGAAAUGCAACCUCCUUCUGAUAUUCAUACUAUGCAAGGAUUCUUUGAUGAAAUUGAAAAGUUGAAGGAUCAAGUUCGUUUGAUUAAUGAAAAUAUUGAUGAAAUUGAACAAUUACAUAAUACAGCUUUGGUUAGUUUUAAUGAACAACAAUGGGCUCAAAUGUCAUCAAAUUUGGACCGUUUGAAGAAUGAAACACAAAAAAGAAAUUUGGAUGUCAAAAAUAGACUUAAAGCUAUUGAAUCUUCCAAUGGUCAAUUUAAUAAAUCAGAUGGUCAAAUUCGUCGUAGUCAGAGUGCUGCUAUCAAGAAACGCUUUUUGGAUACCAUUCAACGUUAUCAAGAUAUUGAACGAUCAUAUCAACAAAAAUACCGUCAACGAGUGGAAAGACAAAUUCGAAUUGUUAAACCUGAAGCUACUGAACAAGAAAUUGAUAGUAUCAUUGAUUCAGAUGAAUCUCCACAAGUAUUUACUCAAUCGUUGAUGCAAGCUAGUCGUCGUGGUCAGGCUCGUGCUGUUCUAUCCGAAGUUCAAAAUCGUCAUGACGAUAUUAAAAAGAUUGAAAAGACUAUUUUGGAAUUACAUCAACUCUUUAUGGAUAUGCAAAUGCUUGUGGAACAACAAGGAGAAACUCUCAAUCAAGUGGAAGAACAUGCUGAAACAACUGCUGUACAAAUGGAAGAAGGAAACAAAUUUGUUUCUAGAGCUAUCAAAAGUGCUAGAGCUACUCGUCAUAAAAAAUGGUGUUGUUUUGUCAUCUGUAUUAUUCUUGCUGUAGUCAUUGCUAUUUUAGUUUGGUGGUUUGGCUUUGGUCAUCCUGGUGUUGGCGGCAAUACCAACAAUGGAUCUGCUUAGUAACUUUACCUAUUCAUUAUAAUGUUCGACCUUUACCUUCUUUUUUUAUAGUUGUACAGAUCUUCUCCUCCUUUUUUUCCUUUCCCUACUCUUAUUACUUCUUAUUAUUAUUAUAUAUUAUUAUUAUUAUUAUUUUAUUUCAUCUUUUUUUUUCUUUUUAUUGUAACCUUUCUUCUAGUUUUAGUUUAAU